UUCCUCUGUGCCACCAUGACUGUGAUGGCUGGAGAGAACAUGGACGAGACUUCUGCGCUACCUGGCCACCCCCAGGAUAGCUACCAGCCCGCUGCCCACGACGACCACGAGUGCUGUGAGCGCGUGGUGAUAAACAUUGCAGGACUGCGCUUUGAGACACAGCUCAAGACUUUAGCCCAGUUCCCCAACACGCUGCUGGGCAACCCCAAGAAGCGCAUGCGCUAUUUUGACCCCUUGCGCAACGAGUACUUCUUCGACCGCAACCGGCCCAGCUUCGAUGCCAUCCUCUACUACUACCAGUCCGGGGGGCGGCUGCGCCGGCCCGUCAAUGUCCCCCUGGACAUGUUCUCCGAGGAGAUCAAAUUUUAUGAGCUGGGCGAGGAGGCCAUGGAGAAGUUCCGGGAAGAUGAAGGAUUCAUUAAAGAUGAGGAGAGACCCUUGCCGGAGGGGGAGUACCAGCGCCAAGUGUGGCUCCUCUUCGAGUACCCAGAGAGCUCUGGGCCGGCAAGGGUUAUUGCCAUAGUCUCUGUCAUGGUGAUCCUCAUCUCCAUCGUGAUCUUCUGCCUAGAGACAUUACCUGAGCUGAAGGAGGACAAGGAGUACACAGUGCACCGCACUGACAACACCACCCAGGUCUACAAAUCCAACAUCUUCACAGAUCCCUUCUUUGUUGUGGAGACCUUGUGCAUCAUCUGGUUCUCCUUUGAGCUGGUGGUGCGCUUCUUUGCUUGCCCUAGCAAGACUGAUUUCUUCAAGAACAUAAUGAACUUCAUUGACAUUGUGGCCAUCAUCCCUUACUUCAUCACCCUGGGCACCGAGAUGGCCGAGCGGGAGGGGACUCAGAAAGGAGAGCAGGCCACCUCCUUGGCCAUCCUGAGAGUCAUCAGACUGGUAAGAGUCUUUCGAAUCUUCAAACUCUCCCGGCACUCUAAGGGCCUCCAGAUUUUGGGACAGACCCUCAAAGCAAGUAUGAGAGAGCUAGGUUUACUAAUCUUCUUCCUCUUCAUUGGGGUGAUUUUGUUCUCUAGUGCGGUAUAUUUUGCUGAGGCUGAAGAACCUGAGUCUCAUUUCACAAGUAUCCCUGAUGCUUUCUGGUGGGCGGUGGUAUCCAUGACCACUGUGGGCUAUGGUGACAUGUACCCUGUGACAAUUGGAGGCAAAAUCGUAGGCUCCUUGUGUGCCAUCGCUGGUGUGCUGACAAUUGCCCUGCCUGUACCUGUCAUCGUGUCCAACUUCAACUACUUCUACCACCGAGAAACAGAAGGGGAAGAACAGGCUCAGUUACUUCACGUUAGCUCCCCUAAUUUAGCAUCUGACAGUGAUCUCAGUCGCCGCAGCUCCUCCACAAUCAGCAAAUCUGAGUACAUGGAAAUCGAAGAGGAUAUGAAUAAUAGCAUAGACAAUUUUAGAGAGGCUAAUCUCAGAACUGGCAACUGCACUGUAGCCAACCAAAACUGCGUUAAUAAAAGCAAGCUGCUGACUGAUGUGUAAACAAACAAUCAGAAAAACCCAAAACAAAAUCCCCACUCACAGCUUGAAGACUUUAGUGACACAGUCACACUUUGUAGAUGCUUUACUGAUAGUCUUUGAAUGCUUUAUUUACCUCGUAAAUGCAUUGUUGCAUUGCAAAUCUUUGCUCUGCGAUAAAGAAGCUUCCAGGAUCCACGAAAGAUAAAAUUUUGUUUAUUUUCAAAAAAACAUUUUCCACCUGGCAAAUGAUAACCAUUUGAACUAGUUUAGUUUUAAGCCGUUAUGACGCUAGACCUAAACUUUUCCUCUCCUAGCUCCUCUUUUUUUUUUCUUUUUUUUUUUCUUUUUUUUUUUUUUUUUUUGGAUAAAGUUAUCUUAAACUAAGCAAGACAGUUUUUAGAGCUAUUAAGCAUAUGCAUGGAUUCCAGUAAAAAUAUUCUGCAAAACUACACAAUUGCAAGAAAGUGCAUCAGAUAAUAGUAAAAAAAGAUCAGCCAAAACCUGCGGCAAGUGUUUGCCGUGGUGUUUAUGAAGGAGUGCAAAUUUUCCUUCCGCCCCCUCUGUGAAAGAUUCCAUCCUUCCAACCUACAGAUCCACACAGCACCUUAUUAAAAAACCUACUUAAGCCUGGUCUCUUUUGCUGUCUGUAGAAGAAAUAUCCUAAAAGGAGAAUAACAAACAAAACUGAAGACAAAACAUCUGCAAUGCUGCUAAGUUCUCUCACAUGCAGAUGAUAGAAACACACUUUUCCCCCCCUCCCCGUUCAGAACUGGAUACAAAACUUUAAGCCCCUCUGUUGCAAGAUAGCACAAUGGAGUUUAAUAGAAGCAUGUUUGAAUUUGAUACUAUUUAUUUUAUGAUCGCAUGCUUGAAACGUUACCUCAGACAAUAGCGGAUAAGCUUUCGUUUGAACUGAAUCUUCUAAAAAUAAGUCCUUUCUCCUCUCUUUUUUAGUUUCUUUUCUUCUUCUUUUUGAUUUGCAUUCACCAGAAGUGCACUCCUUAAUUUAUUAAAUCGUUGACUAGUAAUUUAAAGUACUGUAUUUAAGUGCGUAUGUUAGUCAAAUGGGAACAAUAACUUUUGGAGAUCAAAGCAUGUUCAAAUAUUCAGCAUUAUGGCCUAUUUGAUUAAAGUGUAACUUGAAUUAAUUAGUGCAUGAAUUCAAUGAUAAUAAUAAUAAUAAUGAUGAUGAUGAUAAUAACAACAAUAAUGAUAACAAUAAAAA